CAUGCGCAUGCGCAAUCGGAUCUUUCCUUCACAUGGUGGAAUGGCGGAUCAACAGGCUGGAGCGAAGCUACCGACCGUCCCCGAGACACUACUGAAGCGUCGGAAAAGAAACGACGAAGUUCGAAAGGCCCGCUCCUUUGCCAGGGCCGCCACCAAGAAGUUACGUAAGGACCAGAGGAAGGUGAUCUUCAAGCGAGCGGAGCAUUAUGUCAAGGAGUACCGCCAGAGAGAGCUGGACGAGAUACGGAUGAAGAGAGAGGCAAGGAAGAGGGGCAACUUUUACGUCCCCGAUGAGGCCAAGGUCGUCUUUGUCAUCAGAAUUAGGGGUAUCAAUGGUGUUAGUCCGAGGGUCCGGAAGAUUCUUCAGCUCCUCCGACUGCGUCAGAUCAACAACGGAGUGUUUGUGAAGGUCAACAAGGCAACGGUCCACAUGCUCAAGUUGGUCGAGUCCUACAUUGCCUGGGGGUACCCCACAGUGAAGACAGCACGAGAACUGAUCUACAAGAGAGGCUACGGAAAGAUCCAGCACCAGCGCGUCCCGCUCUCCCACAACACCGUCAUCGAGAAAGCCCUCGGAAAGUUUGGCAUCAUUUGCAUCGAGGAUCUCCUGCACGAGAUUGUGACGGUGGGCCCACACUUCAAAGAGAAGCAGACAGCCCCGAAACCGCGGCGAGGGGCGUCGGUUAAUCAAGGCCCGCCCCCACAAUGUUCAGCAGUUUGCAGAGAAACGGGCAGCUUCCUCCACUCUCGAGGCAAAUGGCUCCGCCGGCAAUCUCAAAGAUCGGUCGACAGAGCUCCGAGUCAUCGUCCGAGAGAAUAUCGCCACAGCAAGCGAGGAAAGAGAUGAUGAAAUCGACACCGGCUCUCUUCCCGUCUCCCCCUCGCUCUCGACGUAACACAGACUCGCUACCUCGUCCGUCGGAAACAGCCGGGUAAUGACGCCUCUCCUUCCGUUCCAGGCCCAGCAGGAGCUGCGAGAGGCCGCCCACCGAGCCAAACAGGAAUCCUCCUCGGGAAAGAAGUCCUCAAACGGAGUCAUCCCACAUAUUACACCCGGAUCACCAAUCCUUAUUUGCAAGGGCGGCUCUUCGAAACAGUCUUCCCCGCCACUGUCUGCUUACCGAUCUACGACCGGCGGUGGAAACAGUAAACACUCGCCGAUUCACGGACAGCGGAAUUCUCCAACAUCCUCCAGACUGUACCCGGCCCACCUCUCUCCCGGUGGUAUGAAGGGUAGUUCCAGUAUGACUCGACUUGCCCCCUCUUCUUCUUACUCUUCCUCCACCUCUCGCGGUACGCAAGAGGAGACGACGUCCACAACGAGUCGCAACAGCUCCUUGGACAGUGGGAUACAGUAUAUCAGCGAGGGAGAGACGGGGGGCGGGGCCACGACAGGAGAGCAUGCCAGCAACACGAGCACGACUACCACGGACAGUAUCACCACGACUACAAGCCUCACAUCUGUGGGGUCAGGGGUCAAAGAACCAGUGGGAAAAAACGAAGACACUGCGACGAUCAAGAAAGAAGAGAAGAAAGUUGGAGGGCUGGGCGAUUUCAGUGAUGUACUCAGCGUUCUUUCAAACUGGUGAUGGAGGGACUCCUGUGAUGAUGACUAUAAAUUAUACAACCAUGGAAAUGACUAUUAUCCUGCAGACCUAUUAUGUACGAUGUGUAUUAGCACUAAUUUCAGGAGUUGUGUUUAUGUGUACUUUGUCAUUAUGUAAUUUUAUGUAAUUGAAAUGAGGCACAUUUUUUUUGUAAAUGGAGCACAAUUUCAUUAUUGAUGCAAUCAUGA